AUGUAUACAAUCCAAAACGCCAACUCCAACUCCACCAACCGUACCAGCAGUAACCCGGCGCCGCGCCACAGCAUACACUCAAAACAGGGCCCCUUCGCCGUGACCAACCCGCGAGACCUGACCUGGGCGAUCUAUCGAAGUUUCGACGCACCGUGGCAGCAAUGGCGGGGCCGGAGGACGAGCGCGGCCCUGCCUUGCUCCGGUGAGAAUCCGCGGGUUCCGCAUUUUUCGAUCAUCAUACGAGGAAAGAAUGACGCGGAUGAUGGUGUUGGUGGUGUGGAUGAUGAUGAUGAUGAUGUACACGCGGGAGUCAAUGUUCAGCCCGGCGAGACAUGGCGCGAGACAGGCGCGGAUCCGGACAUGGAUGUGGAGAUGGAGGGGGUGGAGGAGAGGAUUGAGAAUAGGUUGACGGGAGAUGAGCUUGCCAUGGUUCUGCGCGCGAUUAUCAGGGAGCCGGUGCCGGAUCGUAGAUGA